AUGGAGACGUUGGCUUGGGCGCUGCGCUGCUCGAGGGCCUUUUGGCGGCGCGUCUCCGGCCCGGAGGAGCAGCGGCUGCUGGAGGGGAUGAGCUACGGGAUGGUGGGCAGCAUGGCGCUGGCGAUGCUGGCCACCCGCUACCUGAAGAUCCCCUACGGGCGCUACGCCUCGUCCGCCUACGGGCCGCCCAUCCCGGCCAAGGUGGCCUGGGCGCUGCAAGAGGCGCCCGCCUUCCUGGUGCCAAUGGGGCUCGUCUGGGGCAGCGACGGCGCCCGGCUCGCCUUCUGGCCCAACCGCUUCCUCCUGGCCCUCUUCGGCAUCCAUUACGCGUACAGGUGAGCACGGCUGGCGCAGGUGUGUGUGUGGGGGGGGUUGGCCUUCCCGGGACCUGGAGGACCCGGGGAAGGAGCCCCGACGCCGGAGGGAAGCAGCCCGGCAGCGAGGUCCCCGCCGGGGUUGUUCCAUUCUUCCUCCGGCUGGAUGAAAUCGGCGGAGGAAAUAGAGGUCAAAACUUCACAAUGCAAUGUAGAAUGACCUUUUAUUUAAAAUGCAUCUCUGGGUUAUUUGGGGGCCAUAGGAAUUUGUUCAUAUUCCCCCCCCCCCAAAUAUAGUCCAGCCCCCCACAAAGCCAGGGACAGUGGACCGGCCCCCUGCUAAAAAAGUUUGCAGACCCCGGAUUUGACCAUUGUGACCAGUAGCUACUGGUAGCUUCUUCCAUUAAAUUGUAUAGCCCAUUUCAAAGCCUCCACAUCUUAGGCAUGCAAAUUCCAUCGUUUAAACCACUUGCUGUGUAAAAAUGCAUUUCGUUUUGUCUGUCCCGAAAUUCCUACUAUAGUCAUACCUUGUUUUUUGAAUACAGGGGUGCCCCGCAAGACGAAUGCCUCGCAAGACGAAAAACUCACUAGACGAAAGGGUUUUGCGUUUUUUGAGUCGUUCCGCAAGACAAAUUUCCCUAUGGGCUUGCUUCGCAAGACGAAACGUCUUGCGAGUUCUUGCGAGUUUGUUUCCUUUUUCUUAAAGCCGCUAAGCCAUUAAUAGCCGCAAAGCCGCUAAGCUGCUAAUAGCCGUGCUUCGCAAGACGAAAAAACCGCAAGACGAAGAGACUCGCGGAACGGAUUAAUUUCGUCUUGCGAGGCACCACUGUAGGUUAGUUCCUGAACGUUUUGGCUCCUGAACGCUGCAAACCCGGAAGUGACUGUUCUGGUUUGUGAACUAUUUUUGGAAGCUGAACAUCCGACGGGGCUUCCGAUUGGUUGCAGGAGCUUCCUGCAGCCAAUCAGAAACCACGCUUUGGUUUCUGAACCUUUUGGAAGUCGAAUGGACUUCUGGAACGGAUUCCGUUUGACUUCCAAGGUACGACUGUAUUUAGCUUCAUUGGACAACAAGGUUACGCCUGUUGGUUCUAGCAUUAUGAAAGAGGAGAAAUAUGGAUUGGGCAAGAGAUUUGGGACCUAAUAUAAUGUUUGAAGAUUGGGAAAGGUGGAGGAAAGGAGUCAAGUUCACUGCAUGUACUGUGUUAAAGGAAAAUAUUAUGAAAAUGAUGUAUAAAUGGUACUUAAGCCCUGUAAAAUUAGCAAAGAUAUAUCAUAACAUAAUCCAUGCUGGAAAUGUAAAGAAAAAGAGGGUACCUUUUAUCAUAUGUCAUGGACCUGCCCCAAGGUGAAAGACUUCUGGGAGAAGAUUUAUAAUGAAUUGAAAAAAAUGUUGAAAUAUACAUUUAUUAAGAAACCAGAGGCCUUUCUUCUUGGAAUAACAGGUAUGGAAUUGCCCAAAAAAGAUGUUAGAUUGUUUUUGUAUGCCAGAACUGCAGCUAGAAUUUUGUUAGCCAAGAAUUGGAAAUCACAAGAAGUCCCAACAGUAGAGGAAUGGCAGAUGAAGAUGAUGGACUUUUCGGAGCUAGCCGACCUGACUGGAAGAGUCCGCGACCAGGAGGAGGAGGAGUACCAGGAGGAAUGGAUGAAAUUCAAAGACUAUUUACUUAAAUACGUUAAGAUAAUUUAACUGGAAAAACUUGCAAAUAUAAGAUAGGCUUAGGAUUUAAAUAUGUGAUGUUAGAGAAUAAUAUGUUUAACGUUAAUAUGAAAAGAAAGAUGUUAAGUGAUUAAGUUAAUUUUAUGAGAAAAAGUGGUUUUGGAAAACUGUUACAAUGAUAUACACUGAAAUUCAGGCAGGGAGGAAGUCACUUAACAAUGUUACUAAGACUGGAUCAAGUACAGUUCAGAUCUAUGUUUGUUUGUCUGUUUAAAAUUUUGGAAAAUCAAUAAAAUUUAUUUUGUGCUAUGCUGAAUAGAAGGCUCUGCUUAUUAAGGGGGAUGUCGAUGGUCUUAUACCUUUUGCCUCAGGCCUCAAAAUCUCUUAGGUUGGAAAAUGUCCUGUGUGUAUAUGCAACUUUCUUCUUUUGCCCCUGACCUUAACAUACAUUAUGCUUUAAAAUACCAUUUUUGAACCACUGCUAUUGCAGUUUGUCACAUUUUAACCAGCACCCACUCUUUCUCUAUUUUUCUUUUUACAACUUUGGUAUGCCUUUCCCUGCCCUUUCCCCUAAUAUGUGACCCGAUUUGUAAGGUAAGCAUUGUGAAUUGGGGACAGCUUAAAGGAGUAACCCAGUUCCUUCUCAUCUUGUAUUACUCAGCUAAGUGGAAUCCUUGCUACCUUACGUUACCAAAAGCAGGGUUAUUUGAUCACAAGCUGUGCUUUAAAGCUGCUGUCAAUAUGAACGCUUACAAGUAAAUGAUUCAUUUUUAAAGUCAUAAAAACGUGUUGCAAAGUGCAAACGAUAGCUUUUUCUAAACGUAGUUGUAAAAAUACGGAAAGAUUCACACCAUAAUUACAAAGGGACCUUGAUCUUCUCUGUAUCGUUCCGUUUUUAAGCUUCUGUGAGCACACAUAAUUCAGUGUUUAGGUAAAUAUGACCCAAGGUUCUUGCACCAUAAAAGCUAAUUUGCCUGUGUGUCUACAACUUAAAGGCAGCAAACUGCAAAUACAAAAAUACGUAUGCGGCAGUGUAUGCUGCGAAAUCUAUUCUAGCAAAGAAAGGGGGCUGAAGCCCAUUACACCUUUUCAGAUACUUAGACAGCAAUGCAUUCUGGGAAGCAGAAACUUACUUUUGCAUAAAUAAGGCUGAGGGUCUUGAGACCUUUUUUGCUGUCUUCCCCAGCGCCAAUCCUAUCAUUAGAGUGAGGUGGCAACUGAUUUGGGUGGUCAUGAAAGGGGAACUGUAGUUAUUAUUCACAGCCGUGGUUUGAAGUAAUUGAAGUUUCUGAACAGUCUUCAGAGAUGGCCCCAUGUACAAUGCGUUGCAGUAAUCUCAUCUGGAUGUUACCAGGGCAUGACAGGCUAUUCUUCUUCAAGGACGGUCACAGCUGGCCUUCUGCAUCACUGAAACCAGUUAGGUCUCCAGUUAACAAAUGGCUCCAAGGAAGGCAGAGUGCUUGUAAACACUUCACCUUACUUGCCCAACUCUGGAAUGCAAUUGGACAGGCUCUGGGAGGUUCUUGCAAGAUCUCGUGGGACCGUCUGAGUUCCUGAGAGAUCUCGCAAGAGCCUCCCCGAACAUAGUACAGUGGUACCUCAGGUUACCGUAUUUUUCGCUCCAUUGGACGCACCGGACCAUAGGAUGCACCGGAUCAUAGGAGGGGGAGAACAGGGAAAAAGAUUUUUUUUCUUGUUCUCCCCCUCCAAAACAAGGUGCGUUCAAGGUACAUUCACCAGAGCUUGUGGGGCUGGCGGUGGGGGGAAGCGCUGCUUUCCCCCACCGCCAGCCUCAAAGAUCCCUGAAGCAUAUGGAGCGCAGCGCCCCGCUGCCCUGCACAGGUUUGCGCGCAGCCGUCCCCAAGCUAGAGCAGCGAGACGGAGCCCUCCGUCUUGCCGUUCUGGCUUGGGAACAGCCUUGCUCGCUUCUGCAGGACAGCGGGGUGAAGGCACCCCGCUGCCCUGCAGAGGUUUGCGCGCAGCCCUCCCAAGCUAGAGCAGCGAGACGGAGCGCUCCGUCUCGCUGUUCUGGCUGGAACAGCCUGCUAGCUUCUGCAGGACAGCGGGGUGAAGGCACCCCGCUGCCCUGCAGAGGCUUGCGCGCAGCCCUCACCUUGGAGCAGGUUUGCGCGCAGCCGUCCCCAAGCUAGAGCAGCGAGACGGAGCCCUCCGUCUCGCUGUUCUGGCUUGGGGACGGCUGCGCGCAAACCUCUGCAGGGCAGCGGGGUGCCUUCACCCCGCUGUCCUGCAGAAGCUAGCAAGGCUGUUCCCAAGCCAGAACAGCGAGACGGAGGGCUCCGUCUCGCUGCUCUAGCUUGGGGACGGCUGCGCGCAAACCUCUCCAGGGCAGCGGGGUGCCUUCACCCAGCUGUCCUGCAGAAGCUAGAAAGGCUGUUCCUAAGCCAGAACAGCAAGACGGAGCGCUCCGUCUCGCUGCUCUAGCUUGGGAGGGCUGCGCGCAAGCCUCUGCAGGGCAGCGGGGUGCCUUCACCCCGCUGUCCUGCAGAAGCUAGCAAGGCUGUUCCCAAGCCAGAACAGCAAGACGGAGCGCUCCGCAGUGCUCUGUCUUCCUGUUCUGGCUUUGGGCUUAGCGGCGCAGCCUGCAUUCGCUCUAUAGGACGCACACACAUUUCCCCUUAGUUUUUGGAGGGGGAAAUGUGCGUCCUAUAGAACGAAAAAUACGGUACAUACUCUUCAGGUUACAUACGCUUCAGGUUACAGACUCCGCUAACCCAGAAAUAGUGCUUCAGGUUAAGAACUUUGCUUCAGGAUGAGAACAGAAAUCGUGCUCCAGCAGCGCGGCGGCAGCAGGAGACCCCAUUAGCUAAAGUGGUGCUUCAGGUUAAGAAUAGUUUCAGGUUAAGAACGGACCUCCGGAAAGAAUUACCGUAUUUUUUGCUCUAUAAGACUCACUUUUUCCCUCCUAAAAAGUAAGGGGAAAUGUGUGUGCGUCUUAUGGAGCGAAUGCAGGCUGUGCAGCUAUCCCAGAAGCCAGAACAGCAAGAGGGAUUGCUGCUUUCACUGCGCAGCGAUCCCUCUUGCUGUUCUGGCUUCUGGGAUUCAGAAUAUUUUUUUUCUUGUUUUCCUCCUCUAAAAACUAGGUGCUUAUUGUGGUCUGGUGCAUCUUAUAGAGCGAAAAAUACGGUAAGUACUUAACCUGAGGUACCACUGUAAGCAAGUCUGUGGGCUUAAAAGCUGUUGACACACUGGGAAAACCCAGCGCAAAAGAGACUUUGAGGUUCUCUGCCUUGCAUGCAAUUCAUUUGCUGGCUUGCCUAUCUAUCUGCCAUUUAUGAUUAUCUAUGAUUAUCUAUUAUGAUAGAUGUAUACUGCGAAAGAUGAAGUAAAAUGAAUAUCAGAUAGGUGGGACUUGGGGAAGCCCACUUAACAAUGUUUAGAAAAAUAAGGAUAUGACAAGAAUUUGUUUGUAUUGUUUGUCUUUUCUGUUUGUGUUUUUUAUUUGUGUUGUAAAAUGAAUAAAAAAAAAUUUGGGGCAAAAAACAUCUUCAGAGGAGGCUUCUGCUUCCAUGAGACCCUGGAAAUGCAGCCGCCCCAUACGGGGAUCAAACUGCGGUUAUCAGCACCACGCUUUAAGCAACUGUGGAGGCUACCAAGGGUUUUCAGAAGCCAGGAAAAACCAGGGUUUCGAAACAAACAGAAGGCUUCCUGAGCCUCGGGGGCUUCCCCAUUGCAGACUGUUGCCAAUGAGCAUGCAGCGCAUUACAGGGGCAAGGGCAGCGUUGACAUCCGCAUGCACCCUCUCAUUUGCGUCCUUCUCUGUUCUGAUCCAUAUCAGAGCAGGGUGGCACUCACACUACCCAAAGCAGCCCUGCCUCAUCUGUUGGUGCAUCGUGCACAGAUGAUGGAAGAUGGCUUGAAGUGAGUUUCUUUGGGAGAUGCUGAAAAGCAGGACAAAAACAAGUAUUUUCACUCUAUGAGACGCACCAGACCAUAAGACGCACCUAGUUUUUGGAGGAGGAAAACAAGAAAAACAAAUAUUCUGAAUCCCAGAAGCCAGAACAGCAAGAGGGAUCUGGCUUCUGGGAUAGCCUCUUGAUGUUCUGGCUUAUGGGAUAGCUGCGCCAAGCCUCUCCUGGGCAGCGGGAGGAAGGCUCCCCCAAGAGCUGCGCUCCCUUUAAAGAGCCGCGUGGAGCAUGUGUGCGGCUCUUGGGGGCUUUUCCCCUAGGAGGGAGAAGGGCAGCCCAGCUCUUUAAAGUUAGCGCUGAGCAGAGCCUCUCGCCUGCCUUCGCUCCAUAAGAUGCGCACACAUUUCCCCUUACUUUUUAGGAGGGGGAAAGUGCGUCUUAUAGAGCAAAAAAUACGGUAAGUAAACAUGGCUGCUGCUUGGUGAGUCUGAAAAAGGAGGCCACUCGAACCAAAAGAGGCUUUCUUUUGCUUUUCAAGUUUUUGCAGCUUGUCGUUAUUUUGGGGGAAAGAAACCCUCUGAAACACUGGAAAUUUCCUCCUUCACCCCAAGGGACUUGCUGUGAGCUCUCCGGGUGGGGGGCGUUUCACACUGUCCAUAAGCAAAACCUCAAAUCCGCAGGGUCAUCUUGUUUGGGUGAUGGACAUUCUCCUCGGGUCUCAAACUGCUUCUGCCUCGAUGUCUCACCCCAAGGAUUAAUUUCUGAACCAAGGGUGGCCUUUUACUUGGGUUUCGUAGCCAGGAAAACAUCAAGAAUGCACUUUUUUGCACUACAGACCAAGUUUACACCAAAGAUACUGAUAAUGAGGAAACUGCGGGCACUGGUAACAGUUUUGUGCACUUUUCAGGCAUUUUAAAACCGUGGAUUAGCAAAAUUAUGGAGAGGAGAGCAGGAUCACACCCAUUCUCCCCUCUCAGCCUGGAACAGUCUCGGAUAUGGCAUAGAGAGUUGUCAUUUGUGGAGGGGAUUGGUGAAAAUGGGAUGUGCUCAAAUAUAAAGGGUAAAGGGACCCCUGACCAUUAGGUCCAGUCGUGGCCGACUCUGGGGUUGCAGCGCUCAUCUUGCUUUAUUGGCCGAGGGAGCCAGCAUACAACUUCCGGGUCUUGUGACCAGCAUGACUAAGCCGCUUCUGGCGAACCAGAGCAGUGCACGCAAACGCCGUUCACCUUCCUGCCAGAGCGGUACCUAUUUAUCUACUUGCACUUUGACGUGCUUUCGAACUGCUAGGUUGACAAGAGCUACGGGAGCUCACCCCGUUGUGGGGAUUCGAACCACCAACCUUCUGAUCGGCACGUCCUGGGCUCUGUGGUUUAACCCACAGCGCCACCCGCGUCCCUGUGCUCAAAUAUACUUGAGUAUAUUUGCAGAAAAACAAAUGGGAAGAUUAUUUGGGACAGUUCUCCACCUCCUUUACUUAGGAAAAUGCAGCAGCCAAUAUUGAAGGGAGGCUUCAACUUUCCAGAUAUUAGUUUAUACCAGACGGCAUAUUUGUUAGCAUGUACAAAGGAUUGGCAGGUUUCUCCUUCUAUCAACACUCCAGCUUGGGUAAUUUUAGAGAUGACUUAUUUAGUAACACCUUUAUUUGGAUGGUUAAUGUUGGGGUCUAUGUAUAAUAAAAAGAAAGGAUCUAAACCACAUUUAAUUUUAGCAGCUAGAAAGAUACAGGGUAUACAGGCUUGUCAGUUGCAGUUUGACCCAUGUGCUCGUACUAAAUUAAAUUUAUGGGAUUGGAAGAUAGGCAGCCUUUUUUGCGGACGAAAUAACAAAAUGGGUUGAAUGCGAUGUGUGUGUGUGUGUGAUUUGCUAUUUUACAAUUUGAAUAUAGAUUACCAGCAAGUACGAAAUGGCAGUAUCUUCAAUUACAGCCUUUGCUGGAGUCUAUAUAUAGCCCAUCUGCUUUGAGAUCUUUGGUAUCUCCUAAGGCGUUGGAGGAAAUUAUUGGAUCUUCCCAGAAAGAACAACCUGUACCUGUUGUUUAUGAACGCUUAACGGAACUUCGUAAGGGAGAAUUUCAAGAACUCAGAGGUGCCUGGAAUAGUAGGUAAUGAGAAUGUAAUAUGCAGCCUAAAGAAUGAAAAAUUGCUUUAGAAGAGACACAGAAUAUUACCUUAGAAUUGAAAUACCCACCGUUCCAACAAUAAUUAAUUGAGUGUAUUGGACUCCACAACAUUUGUAUAGGAAGUCACUGUCUAAUAGAGAUAAACGUUGGUGAUGUAACACCUUGGUUGAGGUACAUGUUGCAAGCUUGUCCGGUGAUGCACUAUUUCUGGUCUGAAGUUUUUAUCCGCAUUGGCAUCUGUUUCGUAUUGGCAAAAUAUUUGUGUACUUCUAAAAUAUAUUCUUGUAGGAUGGGAAUAACAGCAGGACAACAAAAGUGGAUUUUUGUGAGCCCUUAUGAUAGCUAAGAGACUCAAACUUCAAACCUGGAAGGGUAAAUUCCAUGGUGACAAUUGGACGUAUUUCAUACAGACAUAGAUUUUUGUGUGGAUACCUAUCUGGACAUUUGGGGAGCUUAUCUUAACUUACAUAUUUGACUUAAGAUUUACUGAUGAUUUAUUGUACUGUACUCAAAUUGUGAACCUAUUGUGGCUUUUUUGGGGGUUAGUAUUAUUUAUAUACUACUUUUAAUUGUCUUUAUUAUUUUGUUCUCUUCCCUUUCUCUUCCUCUGUUAAAUUCACAAUUUAAAAAACGAUUAAUAAAUGAAAGACCAACUGACACAGGGCCUGGAAUUCUACAGCAUCACUGAGUCUCACCUCUGCUAUUGCAGGAGCAAAGCCUCCCUCUGCCGCUGACUUGUCUAUGGAGGGUUGUCGACCCAGUAGGCAGAUUCUGAGGAUUUCCUGGUUAGGAAAGUUUUUAACGUUUUUAUCAUGUUUUUAAUAUUCUUUUGGGAGCCGCCCAGAGUGGCUGCAGAAACCCAGCCAGAUGGACAGGGUAUAAUAAUAAUAAUAAUAAUAAUAAUAAUAAUUCCCUCCUCCUCCUCUUUCUUCUUCUUCUUCCCUGGAAGUAGACUGGCCGGGUGCCUUGGAGAUGAAGGCAUAAUAUACAUCUAAUUAAUAAAACAGAUCUGCCUCCUGCUUCACUGUAAACAAGGAAUCUUUGCUUCCUGACCUACUGAUGCCAGUCAUUUCAGUCCGAUGAAUGCUCUCCAUCGCAGAAGCGACACCCAAGGGAGCCUGCUACAGAUACACCUGCUACAGAUAUGGCUGAAAUGAAGGCUCCCUCCAGUGCUCUUGAAUGAUACCAUAUUCGAUCCUGGCUCUGCAAACAGUGAGGGGGAAAAGCUUGCCUAUUUCUGGACUGGAUUCCUGGACACCCUUUAAGUUGCACUCUAGGAAUCAUCUGGUGCACAGACUAUUAACAUCAAACGAGCGAAGUCACUCAGCCCCUCAGGAAACAAUUAUAGGCUCCUCCCUUGCCUCGUCUCUCAACAAGUCACAGGUGUCCUCCUUCCCUGCCCCACCUUCCUGCAAGAAGCUUCGGUUAUUUAAAUAAUGUGCAUGAAGUGCUUUGAGCACGUUCGACUUCCAAAAGGUUUGGAAACCAAAGCGCGGCUUCUGAUUGGCUACAGGAAGCGCCUGCAGCCAAUAGGAAGCCCUGUUGGACGUUUGGCUUCCAAAAAUAGUUCUCAAACCAGAACAGUUUGCAGCGUUCAGGAGCCAAAACGUUCGGGAACUAAGCUGUUUGAAAACCAAGGUACGACUAUAGUAGGAAUUUCAGGGGGAAAAAGACCGAAAUGCAUUUUUACAUUUAAACUAUGGAAUUUGGUUUAAACUGUGGAAUUUGCAUCCCUAAGAUGUGGAGGCUUUGAAAUGGACUAUACAAUUUAAUGGAAGAAGUUACCAGUGGCUGUUGGGAUUUUUCCUCUAUGUGCAGCUUCACACGAAGUCAAUUAAGAGUUGCCCAACAGCCAAGACUGAGCAAAGAAGAGUUAUUUGCCUAGAGAUAUGGGACCUUGGAGGCAGCUCUAUCAUAAGGUCUCACGCAGGCAUAAUGAUUUAUGACCUACUGACUGGAAUGUGUUUUGUUGGUCAGUGUGGUGUUUCCGAGAGUCGUUUGGUUUUGUUAAGAGAGAGCUAGUUAAGAUCCGUGUAUCUGUUCCUGUAUAUAGUAACUUGUAGAGUCUGUUGUACAUAAUGUUGUUGUUUAGUCGUGUCCGACUCUUCGCGACCCCAUGGACCAGAGCACGCCAGGCACUCCUGUCUUCCACUGCCUCCCGCAGUUUGGUCAGACUCAUGUUUGUAGCUUCGAGAACACUGUCCAACCAUCUCGUCCUCUGUCGUCCCCUUCUCCUUGUGCCCUCCAUCUUUCCCAACACCAGGGUCUUUUCCAGGGAGUCUUUUCUUCUCAUGAGGUGGCCAAAGUAUUGGAGCCUCAGCUUCAGGAUCUGUCCUUCCAGUCAGCACUCAGGGCUGAUUUCCUUCAGAAUGGAGAGGUUUGAUCUUCUUGCAGUCCAUGGGACUCUCGAGAGUCUCCUCCAGCACCAUAAUUCAAAAGCAUCAAUUCUUCGGCGAUCAGCCUUCUUUAUGGUCCAGCUCUCACUUCCAUACAUCACUGCAGUGGUGCCCCGCAAGACGAAUGCCUCGCAAGACGGAAAACCCGCUAGACGAAAGGGUUUUCCGUUUUUGAGUCGCUUCGCAGGACGAAUUUCCCUAUGGGCUUGCUUCGCAAGACGAAAAUGUCUUGCGAGUCUUGAGAUUUUUUUUUUGCUUUCCCCCCCCUUUAUCUAAGCCGCUAAGCCUUUAAUAGCCUUUUAGCAGCUAAUCCGCUAAACCGAUAAGCCUUUAAUAGCCGCUAAACCGCUAAUAGCGCUAAUCCGUUAAGCCGCUAAUAGGGUUGCUUCGCAAGACGAAAAAACCGCUAGACGAAGACACUCGCGGAACGGAUUAAUUUCGUCUUGCGAGGCACCACUGUACUGGGAAAACCAUAGCUGUACAUAAUAAACACAUCUAAGUAAUCAAGUUACUAGUAGCAGCAUUUGUUCCUGCAACAGGUCAAAGUUGCAAGACACCAACAGUGGCUACUGGUCACAAUGGUCAAAAUGUACUUUAUGCAUACUGCACAAUUUGCUUAAAAGGGAUUCUGUUUUCAAUAAGCUUGGAGUUUAGUUUUGUGUGUGUGUGUGUGUGUGUGUUGCAUUUCUGCAACGUUUAAAACUAAAUAAAACCCUUAAUUUUGCAUUUAUUCCAGGGCAUUCAUCUUUCCUUUCUUAAUUCGUGGAGGAAAGCCAACUCCUGCCAUUGCAUUUUUGCUAGCUUUUGUCUUCUGCACUUAUAAUGGAUACCUGCAGGGCCGGAGUUUGAGUAACUAUGCAGAAUACUCUUUAGAUUGGCCAACAGUACUGCGCUUCAUUCUAGGUGAGUAACCUUAGGUACUAAAUACGUCACAGAUUUUCAAGUGCAGCCAUUGGCGAUGGUUCAGAACAUCAUAAUGCAAGCAGAUCGGAUACAGACAUACUGUGGUGCAUUCUCAUAACUUUUUUUUUUAAAGGUUGUGUUUCUAAACCAGCAUUCUAAUAUAUUUUCAGGUUUUUCAGGGUGGCUAAGUGGCCUGCUGAUUAAUGUGCAUUCUGAUAAUAUUUUGAGGAAUCUCAGAAAACCAGGGGAAACGGGCUACAAAAUACCAAGAGGUGAGUAAUGUGUCAUUGAAAUCCUAUGCUGCAAAUGUGUCAUUGAAACUUAAAUUAUUUUAUAAUGAAGCAUUCUAACAGUAAGGGUUCUGUGCAAGUUGCUUGUCACAGAAGUGGAUUCAAAAGGAGUAGAAGUGUUUUUUCUUAUAUAUAAAUUCCUGCGCUCAUAAAGCAGGUGUUUUUUAAAGAACACAAUAAAACAGAUUUUUCCUUUUUGAAAAUCUCUUUAGCUAUUGCUGAGACACCCGCUUUAUUGACAGUAAAAGCUCUGGGGCCGCAUCACUUUUCCUAGUUGUGUGUGCUCAAAUCCCAUUUAAUUUCCAUGCGAGUUAAGUAUAUGGAACUGGUUGGAAGGUAACCCAGUCCUACAGUCUUGACAAGGUGGUUACUACCUCUGCUGCUUGCAAAAGUGCAAGCCAAGUCUGUCUCCCCCACCGCCAUCCUCACUCGGCAGAAAUUCAACAGCAUUUAAUGAAAUGCAAAUGCAGAAAUAGCAACCAGUCUCGCCACGCAGUGCUUAGCAACCAUGCAGCUCCUUAUCAAUGGCGACAUUGUCUGUGAUCCGCUCCAUGCGCAGCUGUGCUUGGAAAGCACCAAUCAGCCAGCAGCAUUGUCACCUUACUUCUCUCCCCCCCCCGAUGCCGCUCGCAAGGUAAAGACCCUGUAGGUUUAUAUGCAAAGGAAACACCAGGCUUUCCCUCCUAGCUUCUUGAGAAACAUGGAGAGGCAGUUUCAAGCUGUGGCCCUGCGGGGAACGUGCCUUAGCUAAAACGCAACAUUUUCGGUACAGCGUGCAUUUGAUGGAGGCAGGCACACAUUUCCCAGUACUGCGGAUCACAGCCGUGAAUUCCUGAGUUUUAUUUAUUUGCCAAGGGCAUGAUGCAAGUUCACUAGGUGUCAGGGCUCUUUUGUCCAAACGAGCCUGCAACUCACUACAAGGUUACUCUGUCUUCAUUCUGGGAUUUACUGCUAAAAAAAUAAUUCCUUUGAAUUAAAUUGUAUAGCCAAGAGGGCUUCCAGAGGAAUGUACAGCCAUAUUAAAAUACAAAAUAGUAAAUAAUAAUCCAGAGAGGUUUGGAGAGGGUUUAUUUCCCCCACCCCACCCCCUGAGAAAUUGCACACCCACCCUCAAAAGACAAGUCCAAACCACACACUGACAGCAAUACUACUAAUAAUAAUAAUAAUAAAUUUUAUUUAUAUCCCGCCCUCCCCAGCCGAAGCCGGGCUCAGGGCGGCUAACAACACUAAAAUAGUGCAACAUUAUAAAAACAUUAUAAAAAUUAAUUAAAAUCAAAGUUGAUGGCAACCAUAAACUAAAGUUUUGUAAAGAUUGCCAAAGGAGGGAGUCAGGCUGUGCCCUGACCAAAGGCCUGGUGGAACAGCUCUGUCUUGCAGGCCCUACGGAAAGAUGUCAAGUCCUGCAGGGCCCUUGUCUCUUGUGACAGAGCGUUCCACCAGGUUGGAGCCGCAGCCGAAAAAGCCCUGGCUCUAGUUGAGGCCAGCCUAACCUCUCUGUGGCCUGGGACCUUCAAGAUGUUUUUAUUUGAAGACCGUAAGUUCCUCUGUGGGGCAUACCAGGAGAGGAGCUCUCUUAUCAGCUCACCAAACAAAGCUGGAGAUGUGAGUUCAGUCCCCAUUACGGGGAAGUGGAAUAUGGCCUCCCCUCCUGUUUUUCAUGCCUGACCAGCAACAGCAAUACCAAGCAAAAAAAGAGGAGCUCCCGAUAUUUGAACCCGCUUAGCCACAGCAGUAGACAGGGAAACAAGAGACACCACGGGGCAUUUUGCUUUUGCCCAGCUCCCUCAAGACUCAAAUACGUGCACUGAGAUCACAUGGGCUUCAGAAGGAGCCCAUGUCGGGGGUGGGGGAACAGCUUAGGUUUCAUAUGCAGGGGAUCACAGGUUCAAAUCUAAGGCCUAGGCCUAGCACCACACUUGAGAAGGUGGGGAGGGAGACUUCCGGUUGGUCGCCCGAUUAAUGGCGACGGGAGUUCUUUCGGCUGAAAGAGCCCCGGCGCUAUGAAGAUUGGGGUGACCGCGAGAGUGUUGCGGAACCCCGAAAAAAACCUCAGAUUGAGCAUUCUGAGGACCGGGUACCCUGAGUGACUCCCCUGCUCCCCGGGAAGCUCUAGUAAGAGCCCCGAGAGCGAGCGGGGUUGGAGACGUGGGUACUGUGGAAUCAACUCGCUUUCUUCAUUGCGCAAAGCUCCAAAGUCUGGCGAUCGUGAGCGACCAAUUUCUCUGAAAAAAUUAAGAUUUGGAAACCGUGAGUAAAAAUCUAAGGCCUAGGCCUAACACCACACUUGAGAAGGUGGGGAGGGGCUCCCACGUGAAGGCAUAGUUGAACCAAUUUGUAAGAGUGCUGUAUGAUCCAAUGGCCCUCUUGGUCCACCCUUCCCCUAGCAACCCAUGCAACCAGUGCCUCUGACUAUUUUCCUUGCUAGGCCAGCCCUAACGUCCCAACAGACCCAAACAUCCCUCCCUAUUCCCCCAUGCUGCCACAGUCUCUAUCUGGAACAUCAUGCAAACCACUGCUUUAUUUUGUAACGGAAACCAGAAGGGUGCAAAGAACCACCAUGUGUUUAGCUUCACCUCUAGCUCGGACUCGAGCUACCGUCUCUUGACAAAAGCAGCAGCCAAGAAACAGAAACGACCACGCCUGAGUCAAAUCUGUCUGCUACAAGGGCUAAAUCAAGAGUUUGCUUUCUCAGAGGAUGUGGAUGUAGCUACCAUGUACUUCAGCAGCCUGGUCUUACUCAGCUUGAGACCUACUUGCAAGCACAGAUGCAUCUGACUAUGAAGCUCUGGAUGACAUUGCAGAAUUGGGAGAAGGAAUUAAGAGUCUUGCAAAGUACAGGAUGCCACCCAAAAUGAGGGUGACCAGAGUUGCAGAUAUUUUUUGGUGAGCACCAGGAAGGGGAACCUCAAAUCCUCCUUGAGGAUCUGACUUCUCUUGUCCUGGAGCAACAACAAGAAAGAUUUACUUCUUUCUCUCUUCCUAAAAUCUUGUUCUGAGAAAACAGCUCCCCUCUGGCAAGAGUCUAACUUGCUUCUCUUGCCCAUGGAAGCGAUUGGGACAGGGCUGGAAACCAUGACUUAAUGUAACAUCAAUAUUGCUAGAAGUAGCUAUAAUUAGUUGUUUUACAACUGGGUAACUCCCAAUACUUUCGGAUUUACAGUGACUUAAAGCUAUCAGAGCAUUAAGUGCUACUACAUUUUGUUCUACAGGAGGAAUGUUUGAAUAUGUGACUGGAGCCAACUACUUUGGAGAGAUUCUUGAAUGGUGUGGAUUUGCUCUUGCCUCCUGUACCUUGGAAAGCGCUGCUUUUGCUGUUAGUACAUUCUUGAUAUUAGGAAGAAGGGCACAAAUGCAUCAUCAGUAAGUUUUCAGAAAUUCUGAUUUCUCUUGAAUUUUCAUGUGGGAGUUUUGAUGCAUACUUAUUUGUUUUUUUGUGAUAAACCAUACUUAAGGUUCCCCCUCUUCUUUGUAUGGACAUAGAACUUAUGUUUAUUAUCUAUAUUUGCUAAGGAAAGUGACAGGGAAGCUAAAUAUUGAGCUGGUUUAAAUCAUUAUCAGGCCCUUCAGUUAUUCACCUUUCCCUCCAUCUGGUACCCUCCAGAUGUUUUGCAUUAAAAUUCCCACCAGCCGUGCUGAUUGGGACUUAGGGGAAUUGUAGUCCAAAACAUCUGGACAGCACCACAUCUAAGUCAUUGAUAAAAAUGUUGAAGGAUUGGGCCCAGGUUGAAUCUUGUAGCACCCCAUUUGAAACUUGCCUCAGGUUUGAUGAGGAAGCAUUGUGAGUCCUCUUUGAGCGUGAUUUCCCAACCAACUCUAAAUUCUCCUGAUUGUAUUAUCAUCCAGCUUGCAUUUAACCAGUUUGAUAACCUAAAUAUUAUGUGGAACUCUGUUUUCCUGAAAUCAAGAUAAGUUACAUUCCCACAGUCCGCUAACUCAGUAACCCAACCAAUAACAAGGUAAACUUAAUCCGGACACAAAUCUGGGUUAUUCUUGAAAAAUCCAUGCUACUGAUUUGUGGCCGUGGUGGCCCAGUUGGAAGAAUUCACUUGGCACCAACUUUUUAAGUGUCAGGCAAAGACUUUAAAAAGCAAACAAAAAACCAGUCAUUUUAACUGUCUUGAUUAUAUACAGGUCGUGCUAUCCAAAAACUCAUUGUAUGAAAAGUCAUUUAUCCAAACAAGAGGAAUUAGUACUCUAACCUCGCCUAUACACACCAGAUUCAGAUAUCCAAAUAGCUGGAUCUGAAUAUAGUAUUGUAAACAAAUAAGCAGCCUUAAAACAAGCCUUACUUUUUUUCUGUUUUACUGACCCAUAACAGCCAUGGUGAGAGGGAAGGGAGGCAAGGGGAGAGAUUGGACAAAUAAAUGAGCAUUUUCCCCUUCCUUGUUUGCCUUUUGCAAGGUUUCAAGGGGUUUUCCAGGGAUUUUACAAGGCUUUUCAACCUUUUAGGGCCAAAAUUCCAUUGUUGGGAAUGCAUUAAAUUUCCCCAUAGGAAUCAGUGGAAAUUGUGGACUCGUUGUGUGAAUGCUCGCCUAACAAACUUAUUUUCCAAGAAUGCAUUGUGUUCGGAUAGCGAGACCUGUGUGUAUUUUAAACUGACUUUUAACUGUGUUGGUACCUGCCACUUUUAUGCUUGGGUGUUUUUAAAGAAAAAUAUUAGAUUUAUUACCUGCCCUUCACCACAAAGUAUCAGGGUGGGUCACAACAAUGUAAAAUACAACAUUAAAAAAUAGUUUAGAACAUUACAAUCAGAACUAGAACAGGUUCUAAAAUAAAUAUAUCUCAAAUAAAUUGUUUUCACUUUGGUGCGUUAACUUUGUAAACAACUUAAAAACCUACAUACGGCGAUAGAGAAAUGUAAUAAUUAAAUAACAAUCGCAUUGUUAUCAAGUUGCUUACUCCGUAAAUAACCUGUUCUACAUGAAUUUGGGUUCUAACGUACCGAAUUUUUUGCUCCAUAGGGUGCACCGGACCAUAGGGCGCACCUAGUUUUGGGAGGAGGAAAACAAGAAAAAAUUAUUCUGAAUCCCAGAAGCCAGAACAGCAAGAGGGAUCUGGCUUCUGGGAUACCGUGUGGCUGUUCUGGCUUCUGGGGUAACCACACCAAGCCUCUUCAGGGCAGCGGGAUGAAGGAUCCCCCUGCCCAAAGAGGCUGCGCAGGGCUAAGGCAGAAGCCAGGAAAGGCACGUCUGAGAGGGAGAACUGCGCAGCACCCCUUCAGCGAAGCUGGAGAAGGAACAGAAGGAGUCCCUUCUGUUCCUCCUCCGGCUUCGCAUGACAGGCGCAUCGCUGAUAGUCACCUGAAGCCUUUGGAGCACAUUGGGAACUCGCGCUGCGCUCCAAAGGCAUCGGGUUCCUUUCGCUGAAGCCGGGAGAGUCUUGCUCUCCCGGCUUCCGGAAAAGGAACCUGAAGCCUUCGGAGCGCAGCGCAAGUUCCCGCCUCGCUCCGCAGGCUUCAGGCGGCUAUCCCUGAAGCCUGGAGAGCGAGAGGGGUUGGUGCGCACUGACCCCUCUCGCUCUCCAGGCUUCAGCGAAAGCAACGCGAAGCCUCCGGAGUGUGGAGGGAGCGCUCCCUCUGCGCUUUGGAGGCUUCGCGUUGCUAUCACUGAAGCCAAGGAGCCUGCAUUCGCUCCAUAGGACGCACAAACAUUCCCCUUCAUUUUUGGAGGGGAAAAAGUGCAUCCCAUAGAGCGAAAAAUACGGUAAAUUUGGCUUUUCCUGUUCUUACUGAGGCAGUUAAGAAAUGUAUUUGUAUUUAUGAAGAUUUAAGAACAUGCCCGGGCCUUAUUUCAGAUAUAUGAAAGGUGGUAAUGUUCUAGUUUUAUACAAUUUGAGCCAAAUAGUACUCCUCACUUCUUCUGCUUCUUCUCCUUCAGCUGGUACCUCAACAAGUUUGAAGACUAUCCCCGCUCCAGGAAAAUUCUGAUUCCAUUUAUCUUCUGA